UGGAGGCCAACAGCUCCAUCCACUUGCACUGUAGAGAAUAAACAAUUAAUUCUCUUUGUCCCACUCUGUCUCUGCCCCCGCCUCUGUCUGUCUGUCUGUCCGUCUAUCUGUCUGUGUGAUCAAUUUCUUGACUUCCUCCUUUUGCAGUGGCUGGGCUGAGCAGAGGACAGGAUAUGCUUCACAGUGCUCUCAGUUUCACAGCAGCAGCAGAAGCAGCAGCAGCAGCAGUAGAAGCAGCAGCAGCAGCAGCAGUGAGGACGACACGCUCUGCAGUCAAGAUGAGUGCUGGUGAUGUGGUCUGCAAAGGAUGGCUCAUUAAAUCCCCACCAGAGAAGAAACUAAAAAGAUUUGCAUGGAGAAAACGAUGGUUUGUGCUACGCAGAGGUCGCAUGAGCGGUAACCCCGACGUGCUGGAGUACUAUCAGAGUAAGAACUCCAAAAAGCCAAUCCGCACCAUCGACCUGAGAGACUGUGAGGUGGAGAUCCUGAAUGGGCAGCUCAGAAUAAAGCGCGACUUCCAUGGGAAGCACCUGUUUGUGGUGAAGACCUCUUCUCGCAUUUUUUACCUGGUGGCCAAAACUGAGGAGGAGAUGAACGACUGGAUCAGUAGAAUCAGUCAAAUAUGCCAGUUUGGGAGCCUGGAGGACGCAGAAAGCUCAGAAGAAGGCUGUCCUCACACCCCCACCUCCCUUCAGCUGUCGACUGACAGCUCUGACCAAGCAUCUGUAUCAAGCCUCAUAGAUUCCAGCCAUCCACUGGACUACCUGUUUCUGUCACAGUGUGAGACAGGGAGACUGAGCAGACACAACAGCUUUUCAAACUCUGACAUCUCUCUGGAGCAGAAGUCAGCAGACGAUGUUGUCAAGGACAUUGUCCCUUCACCGCUUUACUCCAAUGCCUCCCCAUCCAUCUCUCAUACCAGCCCCAGUCCAUCACUGUUCCCUGCUGGAAGGUUGAUUAACCCCUCUCUCACUGCUCUGUGCACCCCCAUGGCCUUACCGUCAUCCUCUUCCUCUCCGUUGCAUCACUGUGCCACAAGUGUCUUCCAGUUUGACAGACCUUAUUCUUCUCCAUCAUCAGAGGUAACGGGUGAGAGGCAAACACCUCCUCCACUACCACCCAAGCCUAAUCAGCUGUCAGAGCAGCUCAGUGAUGAAGGCGCUCACAAGCCAAGGUCAAUGAACACACAGCUUUUAUCAAGCCGUGCUGUGCUGUUUCCCCGGAGGACUUCUUUGUCAAGCUUGGACCAUUUCAAAAGGGGAGGUGAUGAUAACAGGUUGAUCAGGAACAGAAGGCAGAGUCUAAAUUUGCCUCGUUUAAAUACCACACCAGUUCAGAGCUACCAAGACGAGUCAUAUGUCCCCAUGUCUUCCCCGUCUCCGGGUGUGUGUGAUGGUUACAUCCCCAUGAGCCCACGGAUGUUCAGCUUCCUCAACACAAGCUGUGAUAUUGAAUCCUCCUCAUCUCUCAGCUCACUGAUGUGUCCGGCAGAAGAUCUCCCUCCACCUCCAAUUCACCGGCACCUCAAGCCCCGCUUGAGGAGAGCUCGGCCCCCACCUCUUGACCUGACAGGUCUUUCUACAAUCACAGAGUGUCCGACUCUCUUUCCUUUGAGCAGAAGCAUGACUGAAUCAUGCUUUUCAGCAAACUCUUUGCUCCUUGAAAGAAAACUGGAGAACGGGGACAUGCUGAGAGAUUUUGAGACAAAUCCCAUCAUAAUGGAGUCAAGGCAACCGUUCUAUCCCACCUCCGAUGGACCAGUUCAACCCUGGGCCAGAAAAUCAAACCUUGACUAUUUGUCCUUAGAUUUCAAUUCUGCAUCUCCCUCCCCAGUGCAGAAGCAGAAAUCCUUUCUUUCUGAUGAGCACAAAGUGGAUUACGUACAGGUGGAUGAGAAGAAGACACAGGCACUGCAAAACACCAAAAUGGAAUGGACAGAUGUUCGUCAGUCAAAGACAUAAACGGGAAGGAGAACCAAGAUCAACAAUAACUCCAGCAAAAUGGAAUACAGUUGUGGAGGACCCACAACUAUUUAAAAGCACUUUGAAAAACAGUAUCAACCCACAAAUGUACAGAGAGCACAUAAGCAGUUAGAGGCAGACAACACACAAUUGCACUGUAAAAUCUGAGUUCAUUCGGAGCAGGUUUUUAUUGUAAAUACCUUGUGAUCAUGCACUGUUUGCAGUUGUUGUAACUGCAGUAUAAAAUUCUACCACAAUUUGCAAAGGGCAUCACAUUGCUUCAUUGUUAUCUUUAAUAAUUCUGUACAAUAACUGAGACUGUAAAGAAAAUAUUUUCAUGAUAAAAAUCUUUUUAAAAAAACAGCCUUUUGAAUCUCUUCAUAUCGUGAAACAAAAUGAUCAAUCUUGAACUUUUUCCUUCUAAACCCUGUUUCUCCAUUAAAAUAAUGAUAACCUGAAUUGUUAUAAUAGUUAAGUGUUUAGCCAUAACUGAGAUGGGAAUUUUACAAAUACACAACAUUAAUUCACAUCAUAAAAAUGAAAAAAGCAACGUGAAACAUCAUAUGUUAUUACACAUAUUUGUUUUAGGUUUUUGCGAUUUAGAUUAUUUCUAUUCAAGAACAAAGAGUACAAGUUUUGUGAAAAAUAUAGAAUGUUUACUAUAAUACACCGAGCUGAGGCUAAACUGUAAUACCCCUAAAGCCCAUCAGGGGACCACAACCCACUCUAGAUGAUACACAGGUACUUGCUGUGCUUCAAACUUCAAUUUCAAAAGCCUGUUGCUUUAUUGUAUUUAAGAUAAAAUAUAUGCGUUAUAUUUAUUAUAGAU